GGCUGUGGAAGUGUGCAGACUAACAAGUGCUUUGUAUUAAAAAUCACCAUGACGUUUGUAACUCUGAAUAAUGGAGCUAAAAUGCCAAUUGUUGGACUGGGAACAUGGAGAUCUGCUCCAGGUGAGGUCACUGAGGCUGUAAAAGCAGCCAUCCUGGCCGGCUACCGCCACAUCGAUGGGGCCCAUGUGUAUGACAAUGAGAAUGAAGUUGGGGAAGGAGUCAAUGCCAUGAUUAGCCAAGGAGUAGUGAAGAGAGAGGACCUUUUCAUAGUCAGCAAGCUAUGGUGCACUUACCACGAGAAACACUUGGUAAGAGGAGCCUGUGAAAAAACCCUGAGUGACCUAAAACUGGACUAUGUUGAUCUCUACCUAAUGCAUUUUCCCAUGGGCACUAAGCCUGGAAAGGAGUUUUUCCCAUUUGAUAAAGAUGGCAAAGUCAUUCCAGACAACAGCGACUUUUUAGAAACAUGGGAGGCAAUGGAGGAGUUAGUGGACGCUGGGUUGGUCAGAGCUAUUGGUAUCUCUAACUUCAACCGGGAUCAAAUUGAGCGAAUCCUGAAAAAACCAGGACUCAAGUACAAACCUGCCAACAAUCAGAUCGAGUGCCAUGCAUAUCUGACUCAGGAGAAGCUGAUUAGCUACUGUCAGUCCAAUGGCAUUACAGUCACUGCAUACAGUCCUCUGGGUUCCCCAACCAGACCAUGGGCUCAGGCAGGUGAGCCAUCACUGUUGGAGGACCCAAAGAUCAAGGCCAUUGCUGAUAAGCAUGGUAAAACCACAGCACAGGUUCUAAUCCGCUUCCACAUGCAGAGGAAUGUUGUGGUCAUUCCCAAAUCUGUAAACCCUAAAAGAAUCAAGGAGAAUUUUGAGGUAUUUGAUUUUGAGCUGAGUAAAGAUGAGAUGAACACCAUACUGAGUUUUAAUAGAAACUGGAGAGCUUUUAUGCUGGAAUGGGCUUCCAACCAUAAGGAUUAUCCAUUGAAUGCAGAAUACUGAAGAUUUCAUAAAUCCAGUUUGCUGCAUUUUGCAAUGUGAAGUAACUAACUACAAUGUGAAGUAAAUAUGACUCCUGCAUUUCUCAUCAGGAAUAAAUGAAGUGUCAGUAAUCUCAGAGAGCAGAACCACAUUAUCAGCAUUUAUUCAAGUGUAAUACAGUCGUUUGAGGGACCAAAUGUGGUUCAUUGUAAAAUACGGGUCAAGUGAGUUGUUCAAGACUUGAGAAACACAUUUAAAAACAUAAGCCAGAAAGCUGUUUGAUGCAGAACUUUAUUUGGAUAUUUCAACAUCAAUGCAGUAAACAAGAGCUGCUCUUAUGAACUGUAAGUGCUUCUGUUGUCAUAUUAUGAAAAUAAGUAGUGUGUAUUAAUUAAAAUAUAAAAAAAUAUAUAAUCUCAGGACCAACACUUUUUCAUGUUAUCUGGCCAAUUGUGCAAAUGUGACCUUCAAAUAAAAAAAAUGUUACUAGUGCA